CGCACAGCUGUUUAUUCUGGCGCACUCUUGCUUUUGCCGGAGUAAUAUUAUAAAUAAUUAUAAAAAUGUCUCAAGCCCCGGAAUUGGCCGGAAAUGUGCAGCAGAAACGGAAGAUACUGAGCUGUGUGGAGUACACCAGGAUCUGCCAGUUCAUCAACGGCUACCACGGAUUGGCCAUCGACUGUGAGUUUGAGUUAAGGAACCGCUUCUUCCAGGACGUGGAGCCGAUGGCCUUGACAUGCAUCCUGCAGUCGGAGCUCUUUAACAGGUCGCGGGGUCAUCACUGGAAGCAGGACCAGAGGGGCAAGAAGCUAUUAAAAAUCUAUGAGGAGCAGAAAAACCUAUAUGACAACGCUCUGCUGAUACGAAUGGCCUGUGUCGAGGGACUAAAUCCAGUGGCUCUUUGCAGGAUGCUGUUGCACGAGAAGUACAAGCUGCGCCACCGUUCGCACAUCUCGCGGUUUCUCAAGCAUCCUCAUCUCAUCGAUGAUCCAAGACUGGCAGCCAAUGUGCAGCAAUGCAUGAUCAGCGACAAUCAAGAGGGCUCCAUUACGGAUUUGCGUCGCCGCAUCAUCGGCGAGGAAUACGAACUGAAGCUUAAGACACUGGCCAAGGAGGCGGGUAUCCACUUCUACGACGAGCAGGAUUUGCGACGAAUGGGAUAUGACAAGACGCCGGACAUUAAGAUGAUCCUGCCAUUUCUUUACAGGGGCUCUGUGAUCAACUGGAUCGAGAGCAAGGCCAAUUUCGGGGACACCAAGGGACACAAGUUUAACAUUCAACAGCAGCUUCAUAGCUACUGCAAUCGUUUUGGGCCUGGGAUCAUAAUCUAUUGGUUUGGUUAUCACGAGGAAACGCCAAUGAUGCCGGAUAAUAACAUUGGCAUUACUGUACUUGCUGAUUUUCCAGCCAAGGAGGACAUGGUUUUUAUGCAGCUCGCUGAGGGAGUUUCACCCACUAAAACUGCAGAGAAAACCAGUUCGACGAGUAAACUUUUGGGAGAGUUCAGAGAAGCUGGGAGUCCAGCAAAAUAACGUACAAACCCCUUGUAAUAGUGCAAAUAUUUAAACGGUGACACAGGGAAUAUUCCUACUUCGAAAUUUAUUUUUUUAACUUUUCAACAAUAUGUGCUUUUUGUUUGUACAAUGUACACGGAAAACUUACAUUUUGACUAGAAAUCAUAACAUUUUGACUACGUUCAAGCAAUCAAGUUUUUGUGGUUUAAAACAUCACCCUUAAAACAAUGUAAAUGGUAAUGGUAAUGUUUUCCAUUUAGACAUUAGCAAUAAGACAAUGCUGCUGCAGCGAAAUAAGUUUUUUUUAGUUAUAACAAUUUUUUUUGCUUUUAUUUAAUUUAUAAAUUCUCAUUUACAUGAUUUACUCAUUUGUUUAUAGUACAAAAAGAUUGUUUUAUUUUUUCUGGCAUAAAUCGUAUAUAAAACUAUAAAAUAUUGUAAUAAUCGUUGUUCAUAAACCAAAUCAAAAUUGGAGCACGAGUAAAUGUUUGUCGUAUUUUAGGGAUAUUCAAAAUUAAAAUCAAAACAAUCGUA